AUGACUGAAGAAUUGAAUGCCCUCAUAAAGAAUGGCACCUGGUCACUUGUUCCCUAUGAUCCUUCCAUGAAUGUUGUUGGGUGUAAGUGGGUGUUUCGUGUCAAGCGCAAAGCUGAUGGUACAAUUGAUAGGUACAAAGCACGUUUAGUUGCCAAGGGAUUUCAUCAACAAGAGGGAGUUGAUUACACUAAGACGUUUAGUCCCGUUGUCAAAGCCACCACUAUUCGCACAGUUUUGUCACUUGUUGUCAGCAAUGGUUGGGAAGCUCGUCAGUUGGACACUUCAUCGGUCCCUCUAUGGCUUAAAACAAGCACCACGGGCAUGGUUUCAGUGUUUGAGUUCUUCCCUUUUACAACUUCAAUUUAUUGGCUCUAA